UCGUCUUCGAGUCACCUACUUUUUCGUAGUUGAACUCGAUCGACCCUGUCCAACUAGCUGGACGUUCAGCAUCGUUUCUCCCUGAGAAUCGUCAGCUUGCAGCUUGCUGCCUUCCUGGUCCUAGAGGAUUGACCCAGCGGAACCUUCGCACAGGCCUUAUUAUAAUAAUAAUAUUAUUUGCGUUGCAGCGAAUGUGGUCUGGGAGUCGUGGAAUUUCUUCAACUCAAGCCCAAGUUUAUUUGAGUUCGUUUUCUCAGGGAUGAAAUGAAGCGCAGAUCUGACCAAGCUGAUCAUGGGUUGAUCUCGUAUUCCAGUUCCAACAGCCUGUCGGAAGAUGGCUGCUGUAGCUGCAUGCCCUAUAUGCCAGCCAGGUAUAUGCUGGCGAUUCUCAGUUUUCUUGGCUUUGCCAAUGUCUACGCGCUGAGAGUGAACCUGUCGGUGGCGAUCGUUGCAAUGGUGCAGUCUCCGGACGCUCCGGAUGCUGAAUUUGCCUGGGACAAACAGACCCAAGGCAUUAUCCUGGGUUCGUUCUUCUACGGGUACAUCCUGACGCAGGUACCUGGUGGAUGGUUAGCCGGUCGUAUCGGUGGUAAAAAGGUGUUUGGUUUUGGUGUCAUGAUUACCACUGUCCUGACACUGCUAACACCAGUAGCUGCCCGGGCUGGUGUGUGGUGGCUGGUUGCUGUGCGCAUUGUGGAAGGUAUCGGCGAGGGAGUGACGUUUCCUGCCAUGCACGCUAUCUGGGGAAGAUGGGCACCACCUCUGGAGAGAAGUCGAUUAGCUACUAUCACCUAUGCUGGUCCGCAUUUUGGUACGGUGAUCUCUAUGCCGCUGUCUGGACUCCUGGCCAAGUAUGGAUUCGGCAGUGUCAAAGACUAUGUCGGGAGUAACUGGCCAUCAGUUUUCUACGUAUUCGGUGCCGCUGGUCUUAUCUGGUGCGUGGCUUGGUUUGCCUUGGCGGCUGACUCACCGUCUUCUCACAAGCGUAUCAGUACUGAGGAAAAGAACUACAUUCAAACAUCCAUUGCCAGCAGCCAAUCAGAUCAAUCGCAUGUUCCAGUACCCUGGUCUGCACUACUGCGGUCUUCAGCUCAGUGGGCUAUCGUGGUGGCUCAUUUCUGUAACAACUGGGGAUUCUACACACUACUGACGUGUCUACCAACGUACAUGAGUGAUGUACUGCACUUCAAGAUUGUCGGCGGGAGCUUGUACUCGGCUCUGCCGUACGGCAUAUUCGGUAUCCUGAUACCGUUAUUGGGACGACUAGCUGACUAUUUGCGUGAGAAUCACCUGUCGACGACCGCUGUACGCAAGAUCUUCACCACUGCUGGUUUGUGUCUUCCAGCCAUUUUCCUGGUGAUUACUGGCUUCAGUGAGACAAAGUCUGCAGCACUGGUGUUUCUCACUAUUGGUGUGGCAUCAGCCAGUCCAGCCUUGUCUGGUUUCAACAUCAAUCAUCUCGACCUAUCGCCAAGAUUUGCUGGGGUUCUAAUGGGAAUUAGCAACAUGUUUGCCACCAUCCCUGGCAUUGUCGGACCAUUGGUUGCGGACGGAAUGACGCCUGACAGAACAGCGCAUCAGUGGAGAAAUGUGUUUGUAGUGUCAGCGGAGAUCUACUUGUUUGGCGCUUUCUUCUACCUUGUGUUUGCCUCCGGUGCUCCGCAAUGGUGGGCUGAAGGUGUGGCAGCUGCCCCCAGCGACACCGUUAUUCAGGGCCGUAAGAAACAGUCCCACAAGAAGAAAAACUCGCUGGGGCAGCCCUGGGGCAGACAGGACGGAGUGACGCCAUUGCUCUACCCAACGACGGAUGAAGACGAUCAUGGAGGCUGUGGUGAUGGUGACGACACAUUCCCUGGUGAUGGAUCAGGCGAUAGUGAUGCGGAGAGAGGCUAUACUGACACCACGCAGAGCACGGCAUUGGUCAACUCACGCUGAGCCAGCACCUCACCUCCGCUAGCACCAUCUCCCAUCUUCAAUCGCCUUGGAUACUUGUCCACACUUUAUCACAGCCACACGCUGAUCGUGUCUCGCAGAAGAAAUUAAUAGUUUGCCAAAUGGAUGUUUGAGGACAUUUCUCAUUGUGCACGUAGUUGUGUCAUUUUCGAUUUUCUAUCACUAGGAUUUAAAUUGUGAUCUGUAUCCCUUAGCAACCGUUUCCUUAGCUUUCUAAGUGCAUUGUACUAUUUCUAUCUACUUAUCAAGAGUUAUCAAGAGAACGAAACUAUUUCUAUUUAUCUUUUUUUUAUGACUUUCUACUUCGACAGGUUAUUCGAAUACUUGGACAGCUACGGGGGUUGUUUUUCUUUCCGUACUGUCAUCCGUAAUCCUUGAACCUAUGCAACUUUUCUUGUUUUUUGUUUUCGAUGGAACUGAGUGCAAACAUUUGAUCAAUAUUAAUAUUAUUUUCUUUCGUUUUUCCAAGAGUACAUAACUGGUUAUGCACUCUUGGUUUGACUCACACCAGCGGUGCUAGUAAUACUGCUUUCUGCCGUGUUUUUUUUUCCAUGACAAAGAGCUGGGUCUUCUCUUUGCAUGCGACGUUUGUUCAGUUUUUCUUUCCGACUUCAUUUCUUCUUCAUGCGCACUGUCAUCCCACACUGUACAGUGUAACAUGUUUGCAAAUUGGAAUGAUGAAGAAACAUGAAGACGGUAA